GCUACGCGUAGCUAGUUUUAAUCCGAGGAGAGUAACCGUCUCGUUUCGAAAAUGUCCAUCGCGCUAAGAAUGCUGUUUUUGCAGCUAGUCUGCAUGUUGGUUGUUUCGGUGACGUCGAAUGGUUAUCAGGUACCGUAUAACACCGCGUCGGUCACAACGACCAUCAGUUUACCGGCGGGCUACGUUUACUAUCCGACCGUAAAUGCAGCCUACAAAAUACAUCAGGAUAAGCUCAGUUGGAGUAACGCAAAGGAUGCUUGCGCUUCCGAGGGAGGCCGCCUCGCCGUGAUUGACACUCUUGAGAAAGUUGAAUUCAUAAAUAGGAUCAGGAAUCCGAGUACGAAUGUUUGGGUCGGUAUUGAGAAAAAGAAUGACAACUGGGUUACUGCUGACACACAGGCACGUUUGUUCUAUCUACCGUGGGGAACGAAUCAGCCUUAUGGUAUCGGGGACUGUGCUGCUGUAAAGAAAAGUGGUACAGGACUAAAGAGCAGGAUGUGUUUCUGGUCGGAACCCUACGUCUGCGAAAUUCGUACAGCAACGGUAGUGCCACAGAAUGGCUAUUACCAGCAACCAACAAAGAACGGACAUUACAUUCCAUAGGUAUCGGUUGACGAGAUAUUUCUAGGCCUGGCUAAAGA